UCAAGGUGCACGAACUACACAGUGUAGUUAGUUCCUUUUGGAGGUGACUUGCAGCUUCCACAUUGGAGCCCAAAAAGAAGAAAAAACCAAUUUAGGACGGAUUUUUGGACGCAGUACUUAAGCUUUCAGCUAGUACUGUUCGACUUGGAACUCCCAUUUGACAAACGAGUUUGAAUAUGGCUACAAAUAUGGAGGUUCCACAUAUUGAAGAAGUGGCAUAUGUGCCAAAUGCACCAACAAGUCCACCAACAUACAGCGACGCUUUCCCAGAGUUGCCAAUGCCAGCACCGAGACCAGUUGCUGAUUUGCCAGUGACAGAACCUACUAGACCUUGGCCAGCUAACAACAAAUUUCUCAUGAGGUCAUCUACAUGCACACAAGUUUUUACUGUUCCUGUAGAAGAGAGACGGUUUAAUGAUCACAGUUUUGGUGAUGAAACAAAACAAGCAGAAACAUGCAAAGAAAUAAUGGCUAGAAACAAUGUAUCCAUUGAAAUGAGUUUAGCCAAAGAUCAGAGUCUGACAGUGGUUAUUCAUGGAAAAGACAAAAAUGUGAUGCAGGCUAGGAGAGAGAUUGUUGCCAGGCUACAAACACAGGCUCAACUGGGCCUAAAAAUACCAAGGGAACAUCAUAGAUACAUUUUGGGGAAAAGUGGCAAGAAACUUCAGGAAUUGGAAUUGAGUACAUCAACAAAAAUCUCCAUUCCAAAACCUGACGAAGGAUCCGACUUGAUUAGAAUCACUGGCACCAAAGAGGGGAUAGAGAGAGCUAGACAUGAAAUACAAUGUACAUCUGAUGAACAGGCAAAACUUGCAUUUGAAAGACUACCAGUGCCAAAAAUAUAUCAUCCCUUCAUAUGUGGACCAAAAAAUGAAAACGUUGACAGACUGAUAAAAGAGACUGGUGCCAAAAUAAAUGUCCCCCCACCGAGUGUAAUGAAAGAUGAGAUUGUUAUAUCAGGAGAUAAAGAUGGUGUGGCCAAAUGUAAAGAUGAAAUUAUGAGAAUUUAUAUGGAUAAGAAAAGAAAGUGCCAAACAGUAUCAGUAGAAGUAAGGAAAACCCAGCACAAGUAUAUCAUAGGACCGAGAUACAGUGGAAUACACGAGAUACUUAAAGAAACAGGAGUAGCUGUCGAAGUUCCCUCCCUUGAUGAUAACAUAGAAACUAUAACCUUAAGAGGAGAACAAGAUAAACUGGGACCAGCGCUAACCAUGGUGUAUUCAAAGGCAAACAGUAAUGUGAUGUCAGAAGUUGGUGCCCCUAGUUGGCUACACAGAUACAUCAUUGGUAGAAAGGGACAAAACAUCCAGAAAAUUACUGAACAAUUUUCUAAGGUACAUAUUGAAUUUACUGAAGGAACAGACAAAAUAAACGUAGAAGGCCCACCAGAGGAAGUCAAUGAGGCAGUCAAAGAAUUAGAAGUCAUUGUUAAAGAUCUGAAAAAGAGGAUGUCAUUUGCUGAAAUAUCAGUCGAUCAACGUUUUCACAAACACAUUAUUGGAAAAAAUGGACAAAAUGUUACACGGAUUAAAAAUGAGACAGGUGUUGCUAUCAAGAUUCCAGCUGAUGAAAUGAACAGCCCUAUAAUUAGAAUAGAAGGUGACCCUAAAGGAGUGGAGAAGGCCAAGGAGGAAUUAUUGCUAAUGGCUCGAAGAAUGGAAAAUGAGAAGACCAGAGACAUAAUCAUAGAGCAGAGAUUCCAUAGAACACUAAUCGGUGCCAGGGGAGACAACAUCAAAGAAAUCAAGGAUAAAUUUAAUCAAGUACAGAUAACAUUCCCUGAUCCUGGUAAAAAGAGUGACAUUGUACAGUUACGUGGACCUAAAGAUGAUGUGGAUAAAUGUUACAAGUAUCUUAUCUCAAUGCACACAGAUAUGAUUGCUAGCAAUUAUAAAGCAGAAGUACACAUCUUCAAAGAUUUCCACAAGAACAUCAUUGGUAAAGGAGGAUCUAAUAUUAGAAAGAUAAGAGAUGAGACUGACACAAAGAUAGAUUUACCAAGCGAGAACGCUGAAUCCGAUGUUAUAGUAAUUACUGGCAAGAAACCAAAUGUGGAAAAAGCAAGAAAAUUAAUUGAAGAUAUUCAGAAAGAUUUGGCUAAUAUCAAGGAAGAAAAGAUAGAAAUUCCUCACAAUCUGCAUAACUCUAUAAUUGGUGCUAAAGGCAGGUUGAUACGGUCCAUUGCUCAGGAAUGUGGUGGUGUCAUUAUUCGUUUCCCACAACAAGGAUCAACUGCCAACACGGUCACAAUCAGAGGACCAAAGAAUGAUGUCGAAAAUGCAAAGAAACAACUUCAAGAAUUAACCAAUGAAAAACAACAAUCCGGAUUUACUGCUGAAGUAAGAGCUAAGCCAGAAUAUCACAGAUUCUUGAUCGGCAGAAAUGGUUCAAAUAUCAGACAGGUACGAGAGAGAACUGGAGCAAGAGUUAUUUUCCCCAGUCAGGAUGAUGACAACCAAGAGUUGAUUACAAUCAUUGGAAAGAAAGAAUCAGUUGAUCAAGCUAAAGCAGAACUAGAAGAAAGAAUCAAGAGCUUGGAUGACGUCGUAUCUAUUGAAUGUCAGGUACCAACAAAACACCAUAGACACUUUGUAGCUCGUCGUGGUGAAGUAUUAAAGCACAUCGCUGAUGAGUAUGGUGGGGUUACUGUCAGUUUCCCUCGUAGUGGCAUUAAAUCUGAAACGGUUGUAAUCAAAGGAUCUAAGGAUUGUGUUGAGGGAGCUAAGAGGAGGAUUCUGGAAAUUGUUGCAGAUCUCGAUGCACAGGUGACAGUUGAAUGUGUGAUCCCUCAACAGUAUCAUAGAACUGUCAUGGGUAAUCGUGGAAUGAAUGUUCAGGAAAUUACACGAGUUCAUGAAGUGGGCAUUAAAUUUCCUGACCGUGCUCCACAACAGAAUGGUGGAGGUCAGAAUGAUGGUGGACAGAAUGGAGCAGUUCCAGCAGAGAACAGUUUACCAAAUGGUGAUGUUAACGGGGAUGAGGCAGGUCACAACAAAUCCGAUAUCAUUGUUAUAACUGGUAAACCAGAGAAUUGUGAGGCAGCUAAACUGGCAUUACAGGAUUUGGUUCCGGUCACUGAAGAAAUGACUGUGCCAUUUGAUUACCAUCGAUAUAUUAUCGGUGCUAAAGGUAAAGACGUUCGUGAAAUGAUGGGAGACUACGAUGUCAACAUAUCAAUACCCCCAGCAGAGGACCAUAGUGACAAGGUCAAGGUUACAGGACCACCAGCCAAUGUCAAACGGGCAUUAGAGGCUCUACAGGAGAGAUGUGAUCAGUUAGAAAAGGAAAAAGAGGAUAGAUUAUUGAAAAGCUUCCAAGUGAAAUGUGAGGUGGAUCCUCAGUAUCACUCUAAGAUCAUUGGACGUCGUGGGGCCGUGGUUAACAAACUACGUGAUCAGUUCGAUGUUAACAUUCAGUUCCCCGGUAAAGAGGAUCCUGAUACUAAUAUCAUAACUAUCACUGGAUACGAAGAUAAGGCCAAUGCUGCCAAGGCAGAAAUUCUUAAGAUGGUCAGAGAUUAUGAGGAAAUGACUUCUAUUGAAUGUAAGCUUGAUCAUCGCGUCCAUCCUCGUAUUAUUGGUGCUAAAGGCAAGAACAUCCGUAAAUUAAUGGAUGACUUCAAAGUGGAUAUCCGCUUCCCAAGGGGUCCCGAUGAAAAUCCUGAUAUUAUAUAUAUCUCCGGUGGAGAGGAUGACUGUUACGACUGCCGAGAUCAUCUGCUCAACAUUGAAGAGGAAUUUCUUCAAGAUUUUAUUGACCAGGAAUAUCUUAAGCAACUGACGAAACCCCAGAGAGAUCAGGGACCCAGGAAGGAAAGGCCAGGGGCAGGUUUCACUGUUACUGAUGCUCCUUGGAAUCAAUCUCAGGUUCCAGACACUAUGAGCAAUGAUGAUUUCCCAACUUUUGGGGCUGUAGUACAGCCUAAAUCUAGCCAUGCUUGGGGACCAAAACCAGGUGGAAAACGUUAAAAUGUGGACUGAACAGUUAGGGUGGGAGGGGGUAGAAUAUGAUUUACAUUACUGUAGAACUUUAUUCACAGUUGUGUAUAAAGAUGUAACUUGUAAUUUUGCAUUUAUAUGAUAUUUAUUGUUUAAAUUUAAAAUAUUGGAUUUAAAUUUGAAAAACAUAUAUUUUUAUUAAAAUUAAAAUACCAAAAAUAUAUUACACACAUGUGAUACACAAUAAUUGUACAUAAAAUAAAGAAUAUAUAUAUAAAUGUGAUAGAUUAUGUGACUAAAAUGAAAUAUUUCAAAUAAGUUAAUUUUCUGUACAAUUAAAUGAUAUCACAGUAUACAGAAUGAAAGAAAAAAAGAAAAUAUCUUUUAGUCUGACAAGGGUAGAUAACUGUAGUGCUCAGUCAAGGGGCAGAUAACUUAGUGCUGUGAUUCUAGAAUAUUAUAAUUAUACUGCUGUUUGGUUGUGUACAUUGUCUCAAAACCAAGAAAUAUAUUUCCCCAUUUCCAUUUGUGGUUUUAAUACCCAAUAUCUAUAGGUUUUUUCCAGUUAUGGGUUUAAGAGGAUUUAAGAGCAUUUUCAUGAAUUUUAUCAUUUUCUGAAGACUGCAUAUCAGUUCACAAAACUUGUUUUAAAACGAUCGAUAUUGGAAACUGGGAAGUAUAAUCAUUCAUAGCAUAACUAUAUCAUAUAUUAUACGUGUAUUUUAUGCCUGUUUUGAAUAUUUUAUUUUUUGUGGUAAUUGGGAAUACAUUUUUUUUUUGAGAAUGAGUGAGUUGUUGAUUAUUUUUUUUAUGUAUAAGUUACACUUUUACAAUGUUUUUUGGUCAGUGCAUGAUUAAAUGCCCUUGUUAAGUAUAAAUUUGAUUUUAUGAGGGCUUUGAUUUAUAUGUAUAAAAUAUUCAAAUACCAUAUGCAAAGCGAGACUAUUAUAGUGUUGAGUGAGAAUAUUGUUUGUUAACUAGAUUUUAUCGUAUACCCUAGUCAAAAUUUAAAUGUGUAUCAUUUAUUUCAACGAAAAUUUAACAUAUGAAAUGUAAUCAUUAUCAUACAAAAAAAGUGUAAAUUUAAUAUUAAAUUUAUUUAACACUUAAAUAUUAUUAAUAAGGUUGUAUAUGUCUAUGAUGUAUACACAAAAUCACUUUUUUUGUUGACACUUUUGAUGCAAUUGUUUAAGAUUUACCACUUAAUAUUUAUGGACAAUGAGGUUAUAAUAUAUAUAUUGUUGUCAAAAUUACUGACAUUUUAUGUACAGAUGUACAUUGAAUAGACCAAGAAUACAAAUAAAGGAAGAAAUAAAAA